AUGCAUUUCAUCAAGCUUGCCACCGGCACUUGCAUCAUUGCAGCCUUCAGAUCUGCUGCUCAACCGAGCCUCACCCAGACACAGUCUUACGAGCAGGUCUCCAACAUGACCGUCAGCGCCAUCGUCAAUGACUUCCGCUACAAUGGCGAUGUCACUGUCCUCCGUGGCCUCAUCGACAUUGCCUUUGCUGCGUUGCAAUCCGAAGCUGCUAUGGUUGCAUCUUGCCUUCAGUCCAGCAGCACUUCCGCUGGCAGACCAUCAGCUACGUCGGCUCCAACGUCCAGUUCCAUCCUCAACCCAGUCAUGCCCAAUCCACCCCCUCUCAGUGUCCCAGUGCCUGUACCAGCAGAUCCUCCAUCGGCAUCUCCAGCCAGUCAACCUGCCGCACCACCUAUCAACGCUGCUCCACCACCUCUCCAGGCACCUCCCGCACCUCCUGCAGGCAAUGCUCAAUCGUCUUCAUCACCUCCAUUGCCACCAGCAGCCAACAAUGCCCAAUCACCUCCAUCGCCCUCAUCAUCAUCCAGCGGCAACAAUCCACAAUCUUCUGGUCCAUCGACCAACCCAGGCAGCUCUGGCUUUUUGACUUCGAUCACUCCCAACUCACGAUCAAGUAUCAAUGGAUCCAUGUUUCUCGGUCUACCCAUCAGCAGCUCCAACAUUUCUGGUCUCCUGAAUGGCAUCGGUUCUCUCAGUCCUCUCACUUCAGCAGGAAGCAACUCUCUCGGCGGACUCGUCUCUGGCGUCGGCAGUGCUGUGACUGGAGCUCUCGGCGGCGUUGCCAGUGGUUUACCUACACCCCUUGGUGGUGUCGUCUCAGGAGUCAACAGCGUUGCUGGUGGUGCCCUCUCAGGCGUUGGCGGUCUCGUGUCUGGUGUUCUCGGUGGCGCUGCUGCGUCACCCACUGCUGGAGGGCUGGUUCCCGGCGUCGCUGGAGCUGCUGGCGGCCUCCUUCCAGGCGUUGGUGCUGCUGCUACUGGUGUCCUUGGCGGUGUCGCCAGUGCUCUUCCAGGUCCUCUCGGCGGUGCCGUCUCAGGUGUUGGCAACUUCGCUGGUGGUGUCUUGUCUGGUGUUGGAGGCCUCGUUUCCAAUGUUGGCGGUGCUGCUGGUGCCCUUCCUACCACUGUUGGUGGAGCUGUGUCGAACGUUGGCGCAGGCGUUGGUGGUGCUCUCACCGGUGUCGGAGGUGUCGUUAGUGGUGUGGUCGGUGGUGUCGCUGGAGCCCUACCUACACCUCUCGGCGGCGUUGUCUCUGGUGUUGGAAACGCAGCUGGCGGUGCUGUCUCUGGUGUCGGAGCUGCUGUUUCAGGAGUCGUCGGUGGCCUUGGUGGAGCUGUUGGUGGUCUUCUCGGCGGUCUUCUUGGAGGCGGAGCCUUGCCAUCAUCCAUCACGGGCACACCCAGUCCAGUCUCUGGAGUCGUCGUCAGUGCUACCAAUGGAGCCGUCGCCACUUGCACAGAUCUUGUCUGCCUUCAAGCAUCUCUUCCUGGUCUAUUGGGUUUGAACCUCGCCGCUAUCCCAACUGGAGGCUCAGGAGGUUCUCUACUCAACGUCGGUGUCAAGAUCCUUGGAGGUGGCAAUGCACCUGCUGCUGCACCAGCUGUCACUACCAACAUCAACGCCAUCAUCUCCGCCGCCAGUCAAGUCUCUUCAGUCGUUGGCGCCAGUCAAUGCAGCAACCUUAUCUGUCUUCAAGCCUCGCUUCCUGGUGUGAUCAGUCUGAGCGCUGGUGCCAUUCCAACAUCUGGUGCAAACCUCGGCAACCUUCUCGGUGUUGGUCUCAAUCUCUUCGGAGGUGGCCAAGCACCCACUAUCGCCACUGUUUCUGCAGGUACAGGCUCGGCACUCGUCGCUGCUGUCACGACUUCAGUCUCAAUCACUCCUUCAGCCGUGGCCGGACAACCUGCACCAACUGGAUCAUGGGUUCCAGUCACCUCGUGGAUGUACGUUGCUCCCGCUCUCUUGGGUGGUCUGCUCUGA